AGAGCUUUCUUGGAAUGCAAGGUCUGGUAGGUUUGAGAAGCAAGUCAGACGAUAUGACAGCAUACCAACCAACCCACCCCCUGAAAUCCAGGGAUACCAGCGAUGUUGGUCAGAUUGCCUUCUCCCGAGCGCCCAAGAGCGCUACAUCCAGUCUCUACACAACAUCUUUAAGACUCCCACUCGCGCCCAACACCCUCAGCACCACACCGAAACUCCUCUUCCAUCCUCCUAUCUAAUCACCAGCCAUGGCCGAAGCAUGCUACUCCGACGGCGGAAGCAUGCCCGACCUCUGGCUCCGCUGCGGCGAGCGCUCGCCCGCCGCGGCCAACAACUGCUGCGCACUGAACACCACCUACCCAAACGGCAUCGACGUCUGCCUACAAAACGGCCUCUGCGGUUACAAUAACCCCACCACCGGCAUCUUCGAGUACUGGAAAGACCCGUGCAGCGACCCGACCGGCGCGGGCUGUCUCGAGCUGAACUGCACCGCGCUCUACACCAACCUCAACGUGCCGGGCAUCUACCCGGUGCAUCCGUGCGGGUCGAGCUGGAGCAACAGCACGAAAUGGUGCUGUGGGACGGACGAUAGCUGCUGUGAGGAUGAGACGCGGGCGGAGAGCGUGCGGUGGAUCGCGACUGUUUUUGGCGCCGCGGUAGCGACUGUACCCCUGACCCUGGCCCUGUCGAGUGAGACGAGGCUGGCGAGAACGAGUAUUCCGACGGCACUGUCGACAACGAGUACUCCAACAGUACUCUCUGCGCCUUCAUCAACCGCAGAGGAUCCGUUGUCCAGCGCAAGUUUACUCUCGCGAGGCGCCAAAGUAGGCAUCGGCAUCGCUGCGGCCUCUGCUGUUUUUCUGCUCUGUCUUGGUGUAUUCAUUCUCUGGAGAGCCAGAACUAGGAGACAGCUUAGUAGAGAUUAUAAAGCCCAGGCAGGCGGAUCAGCGAUCGGACAUAGUGGAGUGGCUAUAAACUCUCUGUCUGAGCUUGCAGACAAGAGUGUGGUAGAACUUGAUUCAAAUGUUUUCAGGGAGCUGGAUUCAUCUUCCGUGCAGGAGCUGGGAACGGAGUGGCAGAGCGGGAAAGAUGCGCCAGUGAUGGGGCUGGGAUCACAACGUCCGACUAAAAGGUGAAGGUUGUUGUAGUGUAGGUUUGUUCACUGGUGCCGGUCUGUACAACAGCAUAGCACAUGAGCCGAGAAACGUUUAUUUUAAACUUAAUUUUUGGUAUUAUCUCUAAUCUCAGACUAUGCACAUCUUU